ACGCCUCCUGUCAACUAAAGUCCGAGGUGCUUUCGAUGCCCAUGGCCAUGUGUGUGUAAUGUGGCUGACGAUUAUUCGAGAGAAUGAAUUCAUAUGACAUAUUUCGCAAAUUAACAAGAGGUAUCAAUUUUAACCAAAAGAGGUUUAAAGGAGAGCUGCAUAGAAUAGGGGUAAUUUCCAGACAUGAAAAGGAUAUAGAAGUUGGUGAGGCAGAAGUUCUCUCUAAUGAGGACUCAAAAGUAAACGAAAUAAAAUCUGAAGAAGGAGGAACAAGUCUGGCUGAAGGAAAUACAGAUGUAGACUUCAAUGGUGGUGUUAAAAUCUUGGGUGAUCUUCAUUUUAGCAAAGAGUUGAGUAAAUCCAAGAGAAAGAAGAAGAGAAAGAAAGAACUGGCAGAUGGGGAAACUGAAGAACAAAGGGAAAAACAGAGACUCCUUGAGCUGAAGACAGAACAGAUUAAUCGUGCUCGUAACCAGAAUGGCAUCCAUGUCUGGGGAACAGAUAUACCUGGUCCUAUUUUAUUCCUUGACGAGUUAAAAACGGAAUAUAAUGUUGCAGAAGUUAUAGUGGAUAAUCUUCGUAAUCAGGGGUUUGUCGAACCAAUGCCCAUUCAGAUGCAAGCUUGGUCGCUCAUGUUACAAGGAAGGGAGAUACUCGCAAGUGCUCCUACUGGCUCAGGAAAGACUGCAGCAUUCCUUGUUCCUAUCCUUCACCAGCUAGAAGGGCCUCGUAAGAAAGGCUUUCGUGCUGUGCUGUUAGCACCAACUCGUGAAUUAGCCAAGCAGACACAUAGAGAAUGUGUUCGUUUAUCGGAAGGACUAGGAUUUCGAGCUCACAUUAUAAGUAACGUUAAUAGAGCUAAGAAGAAAUUUGGUCCUAAUUCUUCCAAAAAAUUUGAUAUUUCUUGUAACAACCCUCCUAAACGCUUGGUAUUCUUACUACAAGAUGGAGAUACCCCAAGUGUUGAUUUAUCAAAUGUUGAGUGGCUUGUGAUUGAUGAAAGUGACCGACUGUUUGAAGGAGGAGUCAGUGGUUUCCGCGAUCAGUUAGCUAUUAUUUAUCAAGCUUGUACUAAUUCCAACAUCAGACGGGCUCUUUUCUCGGCAACCUUUGCUUAUGAAGUGCAGGAGUGGUGUAAAUUAAAUUUAAACAAUGUUGCCAUGGUGUCUAUUGGUAACAGAAAUACAGCCUCAGGAGAUGUUAAGCAGGAGUUACUAUUUUGCGGGGCAGAACAUGGAAAGUUGGUAGCUCUUCGUGACAUCCUUAGAAAGGGUUACAAACCUCCUGUGUUAGUGUUUGUCCAGACCAAGGAAAGAGCUAAAGAAUUAUUCCGGGAGCUCAUAUAUGAAAACAUUAUGGUUGAUGCUAUUCAUGCAGAUCGUACACAGACCCAGCGUGACAAUGUAGUUCGUGCCUUCAGGGAGCGUAAAAUAUGGGUUUUGAUAUGCACAGAGUUGAUGGCUCGAGGUAUAGACUUCAAGGGUGUGAACUUAGUCAUUAAUUAUGACUUCCCACCAUCUGUCAUUAGCUACAUCCACAGAGUGGGGCGAACAGGUCGAGCGCAGCACAAGGGAAGGGCAAUAACUUUUUGGACGUUGGAAGACAAACCUAACCUUCAGAGCAUUGCUCAAGUGAUCCAUAACUCUAAACAAGAAGUACCAGAGUGGAUGCUGACUCUGAAGAAACUAAGUAAGAGACAGAAGCAGCAACAGCAGCAAAAUAUUCCAGAGAGAGGCCAUAUUUCUGCAUAUGAUGUGUACAGAGAACAGAGUAGAAUUCAGGAAAAGAUAAAGCAGAAAAGACUUUUCAAACUCCAGAAGAGAGCAGCAAAAGCAGCAGCUGCGGUGAUGGAAGGAGAAACUGGUGAGACAACAAUGUCUUUAGAAGAUGGUGAAGUGAGCACUGUCGAUGACAUUCCAUCAAGUGACAUAAAACCUCAAGGAAAAAAGAGAAAAAACAAGGGUUCUGGUCUCGGCAAUCCAAAGAAGAAGAAGAAAUUAGGCCAAAACAACCAGAAUCCAAAUAAGAAGAAGAAAUUGGGGCAAAACAAAGUAAUUGGCUCAAAACUCAGCAAUUCAAAAAAGAAGAAAAAGAUCUGGACAAAAACAAAUCAGUGACUGAACAAAAGAAGAGAAAAAAAUGAAGCAAGUGAAAGUAGUUUGUUAAAUAUGUCUUUUCUAAUAAACUUACACUACCA